GCGUGGAUUGUACUUACUGUAUGGACGUGGUUUUGAGCUUGAUGUCUUAAUCAUAAUCAUUUUUUGAUGAUGAUUUAGGAUUUUCAGCUCCAGUUCCCCACGGAAAGAAACAAAGUGAAAACCGCAUUGCUCUAAAAAUGGUCCAACAUCAUAAAACACUGAAGCCUUUUCACGCAGAAUCAACUUAUUAAGAGAUCAAGAAGUGGCAGUCUGGUGUUCCCCGGACUCUAACUUCGACAUUCCUGUUUACUCGCAGAGGAAGUACGAGGUCAAGAGCAUCUGACCUGAAACCCCCUCCUCUUUACAUGUCAGCUGUGUGGCUUCCUUUUUUUUUCUCUCCCCUCCAUCUAUACAUGGUGUUUGUGCAGCCGAUGGUGUUCACUUUUCCUGUCCAACAUAUUAUUAUAUUAUUAUUUUACCUUAUCUAUUGAGAUGACUGUUGUUCAGUAACUUGUGCAGUCCACAAAAAACCCAAAAAAACCAAAAACCAUUAGCUAUCGUGAUUAAGGCUGCAAGUUCAGCAGAAUACUUGCUAAUGAAGGUUCAGUGACUUGCAAAAAUUUUUAUUUUCACUACACAGAGUCGGUUGUUAUUGAAGGAAAGGUGGAUGCUCUGUUUGGAUAAGAGCUUAAAUUUCUGCUAAAGAGCAUCUUUUUUUUAAUUAUUAUUGCAAAACCAAAACACUGAGACAAAAGGCUGCUGCUCCAAACAUAGAGUUGCACACUUUGUUAUUGACUUGCACAAAUGAUGGUUAUUUUUCCUAGUCAGUCACGAUGCCAUGGUUUUAUGGGUGUGAACUGUGGUUGUCGUGUUUAUAUAGGUAUUCCCCGGCUCAAAGUUCAAACCUCUGACUGGAAAACAGGAUUUGACAACAACGAGAAAGCAAAGCUGCAAAAUACAGAGAUGUUAUGAAUGUUGAUCGCUUUAGAAGCUGUUGUAUUGUGUAUUUAUUUUUUUAUGUGUGUGUGUUUCUUUAAUGUUUGUUUCUUUUUCACCUGUAUCUCAGAGUACAGGUUAGAAUCUGAAAGCAGAAUGCCUGGAUCUUCUGAGGGAUCUUUAGGGAAACCACCACAGGUAAUUUUGUUUCUGAAACUUUCUGAGUGAAAACUAGUUACCUGAAAUGAUGAUGAUCUGUGAAAAGAUCCAAGGCCUCCAGGCCAACCCUCAGAUAUUGCUGUCUGAAGAAAAGCACCGCUCCCGGUCAAAAACAACCAAUCAGAGCCAGGAGGAGGGUCUUAGCGCUGUCCAUCAACUCACCGCUCCAGGGAAACAGUUUGUCCGCCGUCAUCAGACGCUAACUAGCUUUAGCCUUCAUAGUAGGCUAAUUUGAGGUGAGCAAACUGUAGUAGCAUGACAGUGAUUGUCCUGGCUCUGAUUGGUUGUUUCUGAUUUGUGUAUUUUUGUAGUUAGCAAAGGAGCUUUCUUUUUUUUCACUGAUUAUCUGUCUUAUAUUGUCUUGGCAAUGAUAAUUUUAAGAAUUAUGCAAAAAAAAGCAUCUUUCGACAAAAUCUCUUCAAGAUCGACUGUAAUUUACUGUGAGCUGUGAAAACUACAAACAUAAAGUCCCUCCGUCGAUGAUAAAGUUAUCUCAUGACCACACCCAACUCCAGAGGUCCAAGGCAAAUGAUCCUGUAAUCUAGAGCAUUUCAAGUUAACAUCAACAAUUAGAAAUAUACAAAUCGCAAAUCUGCAGAAUAUAUAUAAAAAAAAAAAAAAAUGCUUUAAACUGACUGCUGGCCAAACUUAACAAUAACAGCGGUGCAUCCAUUAGAUUAAACACAGUUGUGAAUCACAACAGUUUGUUGUUUGCUGGAACCUGUUAUAAAAUUAUUUUAUGCAUUGGCUUAUUGCUGGUGUUUCUUUGUAUCGGCUUGAAAAGAAUUUCAGCUCUUUUUUUGCAAAGAAACCCCCUCAGGGAAAGGAACUACUUUCUGACUGACUGGCAGACUGUGACUAUCUUUGACAGGCAGGCGGAGAAGUUAGAAAAUGAGAGAAGUGACACCUGCGAUUUAAAAAAAAAAAAAAGCAAAAUGACUGUGCGCUUCAGUCUGACAGGAGUUUUAAUUUAGAUUCAUAAAACUCUAAGCUGCUAACGUUUCUAACCUGAUUCUGUUUGAAAACCAGAUUUAACCUCAGUGUAAAAGGUUCUUCCCUGCCUCAUUUUAUUCCAAGUUAUAUGGCAUAAUUACUCUCGUUCAUCCAUUUGGAUACAGUUGCUAUCCAUCUGUAAAACUUUCAUAACAGAAUCACAUAACAACACGAGACAUUUAAUGCUUGCUUAAGGGCAGGUGAUUCAGUCUGAAACUGAAAUAUGAAAGAAAACACACUAAAGCAAAAAAAAAAUAAAAAAUUUAAGAAUGAUAAAAUGAUUAGUGUAUCUUUUAAAACCUUACGGCAGCACGAGCUGUCAGGUUCUUUCCUGUGCCGUGACUCUGAGGAAUUAAACUUCCCCAUAAAUGUUGCUAUGGAAACAAUAUUGAGCAACACACCCCUAAUGAAUAAUGCCAGAGAUUUGUCAUACAAAAACAUCUGAAACCUUUGAACACAUUUUAAUGCCGUGCAAUUCCACUGAGAAACACUUUUAUCUGAAUGUUUGAAGGUUUUGGGGUUGAGUUAGUAGAUUACAGAGGAGUUUAUGGUGGUCCUUUAGCUAAGUUUCAGUUUUCUAUUUCUCAAACUUGGGAGAUAAUUUGCUACAAUUAACCAUUUUCUUGUCCCACUCCAGGGUGUAAGUUAUUGUUACGCCUCUCAGAUCCCUGUCAGCCUGAAACCACAUUUUUGAGUUGAGCGUCAGACAGUAGCUUGUCCUUCCUCAAACUUCACAUUACCCUUCCUGGCAAUGCGUCUCUCACCUGUUGGGUAUUCCAUGUUUUCUCCAGUUACUUUGAAAUACAAUCCUAUUGUAUUUGUAGCACCCUUCCCCUGACUGACGCCUUUGUACAGUAGAAUUCUUUGUAAACUAUAAAAUAUGUAAGAAAUGAUCUAACAUGAUUGGACAAGUUGACUUUAUUUGGUAAUCAUACGGUUUUACAUGGGUUUAUUGUAAUAAUUAUGAUUCAAACAAACCAGCCCUGGCUUAUUGUGCUACUAAAUGUCUCUUCCUGUUCUCCUUUCUGUGGAUAGAAGAGAGGAAAUGACAGCGUCGUUCAUAGAUUCCCUGCAGGAGUUGGUUUUAUGUUCCUCUAGAAGGCGGCGAAACGGUGCGAAGCGGACGCUAAACAUGUCACGGCACCAGAGUGGUGAUGAAACUUACCGAACAUGAGCUCAGCAAACUUCUGUCACACAUUCUGUUGGUGUUGUGGUUGAAGUGAGACGUGGUUCACCACAAACGACAUGUCAGAUGGGAAUUAAAUGAGAAAACAAUAUAAAGUCAAUAUAACCGUGCAACGUCUUGGCCGUUCUUCAAAAUGGGAAAGGCGAGAAAACAUUCGAUCAAAGCAAUGCGGUGACAUGUUGGGAUUCUCACAGCACUGUUUCUGUUGGAGGCACCAGUGACUGCGAGGGGCAACGAAACAUUGCUGCAUAUGUCAAGUGUCUUGAACUUGUUCAUGAUAAUUGACACAAAAUGAGACUGUGAUUGUGAUCAUUUGCACGCAACAGAAAAUAAACCUUGCGUAAGCCAACAACUUUAGGGAACUUCUACUAUUGGUAUCAGCGUUCUUUCCCCUCUUGACUCAAGUCAAGGUCAAGUAAAUAUUGUUUGCAGAAGUGCUGACACUGUUUACUGGAUGCUGAGUGUAAAAAAAAAAAAGUUGCAAAACACACAUUGUUUCGACUAGUUUUAAUCUUAUUAGCAGAAAUAUGCAAAUAAACCUCCUAGAGAAGAUCUGGAAAGACCAAAGAUUAAGUUUGAUUUAAAAAAACAAAACAAAAAAAAAAAAAAGUUAGAACUUCAAGUUCUGUUUCAGUUCUUCAGAUCUGAUUCUUAAAGUUUUAACUUUCCCCCGAAAUUAUUUGCGGUUUUUGUUUAUUAAACUGAAUUGCAAAAAAAAUGAAUUGAUGUAGAGGGAAGCACCUCCCCUCCACCCCCCCACAUGAGUCAGGAGAAAUUUCAUGCCCUGCCUUAUAAAAGGCAGCUCAGCCCAAACAGAAAGUAUUUUCUGAUCGUGCUGCAGCAGCUCACAGGAUGCUACUGAUCCUCUCUGUCCUCUGUUUGGCUUUUAAAGGUAAGACUGUUUGUUUAGUUAUUAUAUAGUAUAAUAAUAUUGUUUUGCGUUGUACAGUAAAACAAAAUUUCUUUCUGAAGGGGCUUGUAAGAAUUUGGUUAAUAUAAAAAUGUUAUCCUAAUAUUAAAAUGAUUGUUUUAUUAUGUCUAUUAACAUGAAAUUUAUCUUUAGUUAAAUUUGUGAUUAGCUGCACCAAAAAAAAAAGAUUCAGUUCAUGUAAAGAUUUGAUUACAUUUUGUAAUAAACUUUAUAAUAUAUACAAUUAUAUAUUGUAAAAUAAUUAAAUAUAUUAUUUUACAAUACAUUUUCAAUUUUAGUACUGUUUAUAAUAAAAAAUACAUUUAUAUUUAUGCAUUUGCAUCAUUUAUAGAUUUGUGUAUUUUUAUGAUUUAUUUUAAUUCUAUUUAUUAUUAUUAUUAUAAUUAUGAUGUCAGGGUUUGGUCUAUAUUCUUAAAUUAUUAGCAUGAAAUAUAUUUGAUGUUUCAUUUGUGGUUUACUUAUGAUGCAUUAUCCAGUUAUAUAUUUCUUUAUAUUUAUGUAAUUUAUGGAUUCAUGUAUUUCUUUUUCAUUUAUUUUGAUUAGGACUUAUGCAAUGAUAAUGUCAUUAUUAUUCCGUCACACUGCGUUCAACCGUUUUCUUGUCUGUGAGGUCUCUUGCUACGCUCUGUUUGUUGACUCUGUGUUUCUGUUUCCAGCCCGAGCCUCUCUCAUCAGCCUCCAUGGGACGACCGCAGUCGAGUACGGCGGGGAGGCAAACUUCAACUGUAAGCUACCAAACCCAAAAGGCGUCCUGCAGGUCACCUGGCAGCGGGGUCUUAGACCCCAGUCAUUGGAAAACAUGGCAACAUACAACAAACCUGUUGGGGAGCAAAUAAAUGAGCCUUUUAAAGGGAAGGUGAUCUUGAGCAACUCAUCUUUAAGCUCCUCGUCCAUCACGUUGAAGAACGUGACGUGGGCUGAUGAAAAUUGUUACGUCUGCUCCUUUAACGUGUAUCCUGAUGGGUCCCAAAGGAAGCAGAUCUGCCUCAAGGUGGAAGGAAUAUCAGAGACGCACAAAAGGAACUCCUCCGCAAGCAGUUCUGCCCCUAACAACAGAAAGGAAGAACUCAGUUGCUCAGCCACAGGGAAACCAGCUCCUAAGAUUUCCUGGGACACCUCCGAUCUCCCUCGCACCGACUCCCCGCAACUGACUAAAGUCAGCAACAGUGAUGGGACAUUCACCAUCAGCAGCAACAUCACAGUGGAGAUGCCUACAAACUGGAGAGGACUUGUGUUCUGUGUAAUAAACCAAGGACUGCGGGGAGAGCGGCAGGAGGAAUUCCAUUUUUCUUCACUCGAAAAAGAGGAGGAGGAAGGGAAUGUGUCACAGAAAGCUCUGAUCAUCGCAGUCCUAGCAGUCAUCAUCUGCGUCACUGUCGUAGCAGUUGUAUUCAUCCACAAGAGCAGAUUAAAGAGAACAUGCAACGAUUUCACUGCCGUUUGAUCCGCCUUUUCAGCAGCACAGCAUUCAAGCAUUACAACAAGCUCGGAGUCUUACGCACUGAUGAUGUUCAUAAGCUAAAGCCGGACGCCUCUCUCAGAUCAAAUGAACCGCUGAAUUUGAACGGCACCACCUCACAUUUCUCUCCAACUGCAGCACUUCUUGCACUUUAACUCCGAGCUUGUCUACUGAUUUUGUUGAAUGUAGAAGCCAAUGUAUAACCACAGCCGCGUGCUGUAAAGGAAGUGUCGUGCAAUAGAAAGUUUUCUAACUGCGGCAAAAUGUCUUUUUAACUGAGCUUCUGGCGCCAUCUAGUGUCCUUUUGUGUGAUUGUCUAAUUCCUUCAUUUGCCAUGAUGAGAAAUUAAAUGCGAUUUUAUUCGUGCAAAUAUAUUGGACCUCACUUAAACAUAUAUAUUUAGAGAUCUUUUUGUUUUGUUGUUAUAAAAGUUAACAUGUAUUGAUGUGGUCAGUGGCAGACAUUUUGUUAAAUGUUAUUUAUUGCUUGCACAAAUGCAAAAUUAAUACACGUUUUUGUUUAAUGCAAGGAAUGUGAAAUUUGACUUAAAUUAGUUUUUUUGCUAUUUAUGUUCAAACCUAUUUAUUGAUUUUGUUGAGUAAAUGUAUCUUCAGGUUUUAGAAGCAAUUGAAUUUGUGAUUAAAAGUGUUUAGUUCUUAUCAAGCAAAA